AGCCCGCUUCCCGCAGCCCCCCAUCGGCAGAGCUCCCCGGGGCGCCCCCAGCGAAGCUGCGGCCGUCGAGCUCCAGGGUCCGCGAGGGGCCCUUCAUUUCGUUUGGCGCAGCCCUAAAGAGACACGCCCCAACGGCGUUGCUGGCGGCGCGGGGCUACCCCAUGGGAGUGAACCCCACAGGGCGGCCCAGGCGCGGGCCCGUCGCCCUCCGGCGCCGAGCGCCCCGAAGGCGGCGCCCGUCCGCUGCCGUGGCCACACUGCGGCUCCAGGGCUCGCGGCCGGGCUCGGCUGGCUUCGCGGGGGUCGCGGCGCGGCGCGAGGCCCCCCCCUGCGGCGCCGCCAUGGGCCAGUCGGAGAGCCUCUCGAGAGCAGACGUGCACAGCCUGGCGAACUUCUCGAAGCAGGACAUCGCGAGGCUCUACAGUCGCUUCCGCUCGCUGGACGCCGACGGGAACGGGCAGCUCGACCCCACCGAGAUCCUUGGCGUGACCGAGCUCACCGAGAACCCCUUGGUGCGAAGAGUAAUCUCCGUCUUCGACAAGGACGACAGCGGAAACGUAUCUUUUCUGGAGUUCGUGCUCGGCUUGGCGAAAUUCACCGCCGGCGCGUCCGAGGAGGAGAAGCUCGAGUUUGCUUUUGCCAUCUACGACGUGAACAAGGACGGGUUCAUAUCCAACGGCGACCUGUUCCAGGUGAUGAAAAUGAUGGUGGGUGACAACCUGGGUGACGUGCAGCUGCAACAGCUCGUCGACCGUCAGCUGGUGAUGGCCGACAGGGACGGCGACGGGAAACUCUCUUUCGAAGAGUUCAAGGAGGCGGUGCAGAACAUCGGCAUCGCCGAGCAGCUGUCCGUUGACAUCAGGUCGUACUGAGCCCUGCGUGACCCCGAAGUGGUCCUGGGCAUCGAGCCUACAAGCCAGCUCGGGGCAGUGGCCAGUCCUGGCCGCCUCCUUUGCCGCUUGGCACAUUUCAGGGUAGCUGACGCCACGGGGCCACAGUCGGACGACA